GAUGGGGCGCACUGGGACACUCCUGGUCCCCGGGCCCCUGCUCAGUACCGACGCGGCCGGUCUGGGCCUGACGGACAACUUUCGUGAACUAACCACCAGGAGGAGUGAGUGGGAAGGGGAGGGGUUUGCGAUCGGCCUGGGGAGGGUGGAGUAUUGGCUGGAGAGUUUGUGAAAAGUUCUGAGAGGAGCAGGAGGAAGUGGGGGACCGACUAGUUGAGCUGCGCCGGAGGCCGAGGAGCGAGGGGUCUCAAGUGACCCCCGGGUAACUCCGGUGUCCGGGAAGGAGCCGAGCGCCUACAUGAAACCAGGAGGGGCCUGGUUGGAAGUUCGCCCCUACCUGAGCCGGGAACUCCAGCUGCAGGAUCCGCAGCACUUUCCCCCGAGGGCUGGCUGGGUGGCCUCGUCUGCGCACGACCCCUGAGGAUCCGGAUGGCCGUGAGGUGGACCUGGGCAGGCAAGAGCUGCCUGCUGCUGGCGCUUUUAACACUGGCUUAUAUCCUGGUGGAGCUUUCCGUCUCCACUCUGUAUGCCUCCCCAGGAGCCGGCGAUGCCAGGGAUCUGGAGCCAAGGCAGAUCUCAGACCAUGAGACCAGGGGAGAGGAUUUGUCCCGGCCUCUUUACAUAAAGCCCCCUGCAGAUUCCCAUGCUCUUGGGGAGUGGGGAAGAGCGAGCAAACUCCAGCUCAACGAGGGUGGACUGAAGCAGCAAGAAGAACUCAUUGAGAGAUAUGCCAUCAAUAUUUAUGUCAGUGACAGGAUCUCCCUGCACCGCCACAUCGAGGAUAAAAGAAUGCCUGAGUGUAAAGCGAAGAAGUUCCACUACAGGUCGCUCCCCACCACCUCCGUUGUCAUCGCCUUCUAUAACGAAGCCUGGUCCACUCUGCUUCGAACCAUUCACAGUGUUUUAGAAACUUCUCCUGCAGUGCUCUUGAAAGAGAUCAUCUUGGUAGAUGACUUGAGCGACAGAGCUUAUUUGAAGGCACAACUUGAAGCUUACAUCAGCAAUCUCGACAGAGUUCGCUUGAUUAGAACCAAUAAGAGGGAGGGGCUGGUCCGGGCCCGCCUAAUUGGGGCCACUUUUGCCACUGGGGAUGUCCUCACGUUCCUGGAUUGCCACUGUGAGUGUAAUACUGGUUGGUUGGAACCACUUUUGGAGAGAAUUAGUAGAGAUGAAACAGCAAUUGUAUGCCCUGUCAUUGAUACGAUUGAUUGGAAUACUUUUGAGUUCUACAUGCAGACUGGGGAGCCCAUGAUUGGUGGGUUUGACUGGCGUUUAACAUUCCAGUGGCAUUCUGUCCCCAAACACGAAAGGAACAGGCGGACAUCAAGAAUUGACCCUAUCAGGUCACCCACCAUGGCAGGAGGGCUGUUUGCUGUCAGCAAGAAGUAUUUUCAGUACCUGGGGACCUACGACACUGGGAUGGAAGUAUGGGGAGGUGAAAACCUCGAGCUGUCUUUCAGGGUUUGGCAGUGUGGUGGCAAGCUGGAGAUCCACCCAUGUUCUCAUGUGGGCCAUGUGUUCCCUAAGCGGGCGCCGUAUGCACGCCCCAAUUUCCUACAGAACACUGCCCGGGCUGCCGAAGUGUGGAUGGAUGAAUACAAAGAACAUUUCUACAACCGAAACCCUCCGGCUCGGAAAGAGGCCUAUGGUGAUAUUUCCGAAAGGAAGUUACUGAGGGAGCGGCUGAAGUGCAAGAGCUUCGACUGGUAUCUGAAAAACGUGUUCUCUAACUUACAUGUCCCCGAGGAUAGACCUGGCUGGCAUGGAGCUAUUCGAAGCAAAGGCAUCUCUUCCGAGUGCUUAGACUAUAAUGCCCCUGAUAACAACCCUACAGGUGCCAACCUUUCCUUGUUUGGAUGCCACGGUCAAGGAGGCAAUCAAUUCUUUGAAUAUACUUCAAACAAAGAAAUCAGAUUUAAUUCUGUGACCGAAUUAUGUGCGGAGGUCCCCGAACAAAAAAAUCACGUAGGGAUGCAAAACUGUCCCAAAGAUGGUCUCCCUGCUCCAGUAAACAUCAUUUGGCUUUUUAAAGAAGACGGAACUAUUUUCCACCCUCACACCGGACUGUGUCUCAGUGCUUUUCGGACAUCCGAAGGCCGACCCAGUGUACAGAUGAAAACGUGUGAUGCCCAUGAUAAAAAUCAGAUCUGGAGCUUUGAGAAGUAGAUGAGCAGAACAGAGUCUUCUUUUUUGGGAGCUGACAGUAGCUGACCCGUGAUGAUUGUAUUUUCCCCAGAAGUCACCCGGCAGCUGGCAGUGAGGACACUGGAAAGCUGUGGCUCAUUUGGGAAUGUCACUCUGAAACCAGGAGCACGGAACACUGCUUGCUGUUCAGUAUUUCUCCCUUCUUUCCUCAUGGGUUGUUCCAUGAAAAGCGUUGUCUAUGUACCCCCCACGCCCAGUCUUUGAAGAAGCUGCUGUGAAUGGAGAUGCACACAGCAUUUAGAUGUGGGCUGGGGGAGUGGGCUGUGUGUGUAGCUCAGAUGCGUGUGCAAGACCCCGUGUCUGAUCCACAGCACCAGGAAAUACACAUUUUAAGUGCAAGACUUAGUAUUAAAGAAUGUAAAAGUCCAGGCACAAUGGGGUAGGAUUCAUGCUGAUGGGUAAAUUCAUUGCAUGUCCUUUUUUUUUUUUUUAAUCAAAACUUGUGAAUGUGAAAUUAGAACUAUCACUAUUUUGAUGGUGCGGGAUUUGAAUUCUUUGAGGUUUUUAAAAACUGAUUUGUCUUUGAUCAAAUAGAAGUUGAGGAAAUUUGCCUUGAGAAAAAGGCCUGGUGUGGAAAUACAUUUCAUUGGAAGAGGGUAUUGGUCUGAAUGCAAGUUUGGAGGUCUAUUUUGGACAGAUGUCUCAGAAACCUUGACUUGAGCUAACAUGAAAUGGCGAGACAUUCCCAUUCUGUUCUCUGUAAACGAGAGCUAUUGGACUGACUGACCUACAUAUCCAUACCUCACAGCACUCUGCAAGCUGUCCCCUCUGUGGACUUAUUUGUGAUCAUGGGGCAUUUUCUGAUUGCACUUCCCUAUGUUGUGAAUGUACUAGAAGGGCACUCAUUCAGAAUGCCGUGCCUCCCCUUGUUAAUGCUUAAUCACUUCAAGUAAACACAAUUGCGGCCUCUCUGAAGCCAGCCCCAAGUGUGUUUACCCCAAUGUGUGAAACCGACAGUGGACCCAGUUCUGCAGAGAGUGUUCAUCUCCCCCAUGAGCUCUUGCUCACCUGGAAAUUCGGAGGGUUUGUCUUAAGAUUGUAAGGGGGAAAAAAAGAGACUGUCUUGGUAGCUGUUGAUUGCUGCCUUCAAGCCAACUCCUGGCAGCCGGGGUGAACAAAUGGCUUGGCCGCCUCGUGACUUUGGCUGAGUCCUUUAUAUUGCUGGGCCUCAGUUUCCUCAUCUGAGUAGCUGGAUCGGCUCUCAAAGGUCCCUUUUAAUCUGAAAGAUUAAAUCUGAAAGAUCCAUCCUCCUGGCCCCUCCUCACCCACGCUGAUUUCUAGUUCACUUUUAACAUAGGUAGCGCCGGACCUCUGAGCAGUGUUCAGUUAUGAAAACGGAGAAUUGGCUUUUGAACUGCGGUGAGCCGAGCUCACCUGAAGCAGUGUGUCUCUCACUGGUCGUUAGUUUUACAGGCACUGUCUUUAACAAUCGCUGAGCUGGCUGUGUCUUUGAAAAGUUUUAAGCUUUCAAAGGAGUUCUCUGACUAGGAAUAUAAAUACUUCCCAAACUAAGUUAUUUCAGAACUAAAUAUGUUUUUAAGACAUUUCUUCUGGCUCCCUACUAACGGUUUUAUCGAGAAAUCAUGAGCUGAAUUUGGGAGUGAGUUGCAGCUUCUUGACUGUGGUAUGAAAAAGUGCACAGUACAUAGAGAACCCAGUCCUCAGGGAUUCAUAAGGAAAUUAUUUUCAGGGUUCACUUGACAGCUUGCCUGGAGAGAGGGACCUUUGUGAACCUGGGAUUUAAGUGAAUCGCACAGGGUGACCAUUUCAAAACAUUAAAAUUUGUGUGUACUAGUGACUGUUUUGUUUUCAUUAACUCUUAGAAUAAAAAUCUGUUGCUGCUUUUCUGUAAGUUACCCAGCAACCUCAAAGUUUAUAAACAAUUUGUCUAGAUUCUGUGGGCAAUGCUUGACCCUGAUUUUAUUCAAGGAAAAUAUAUAAAAACACUCAAGAAAGAAAUUCCCCUGAAUGCUCUCUCGCCUUGCCCAUGUCCCCUUGAAAACAAUUUUUUUUUUGAAAUUUCUCUUUUGCCUUUUUUUUGUUGUUUGUCUCCUAUCAUGGGACAGAGUGAAAAUGGAUGCAAUCUGAAAGUAACUAUUGAGAUGACUUUUAUUUAGUAGCUUGAUGUCCCUAUCAAAAGAGAGAAAAGGUCUUUAAGACUAUUUAAUUCUGUGUUUACCUUUUUCUCUGAAUUGGUGGUUAGGACUUUUUAGGCUGGUGGGCUUAUUUAUAUCCAUAAUGCAUAACAAAGGAAACUAGAGUUGUAUUUUUAUAUGUAGUUGUAUUUUAAUUUCAUUCCAAAGAUACACCAUAAUGAAAUAUGCAAAAUAUUCUUUCACUUCUUAUUUCCAGUUUAUUGUUACUCAAGUUCUCUAUUUGCUAUAGACAGUUGGGGGUUGACUUUUCAAGCAAAUUUACAUGCUUAAAUUAAAUGUUAUGGAAGUAUUUGAUAAGCAAGGAGUUUCCAUUUUGUCAUUUACUGAGCAGUCCUGUGAAUAGAUUAUCUACAUAAGCAGCUUAGCAGUUGUUUUUUAUUAAAAUGAUGAUAUAGUCAUAAGGCUUUCUAUAACUUUAAAUACCUUGUUUGUAAGGGAAAGCGUGUUUACUCAGCCAGUAGUAGGCUCUUGUAUGUGUGUUGAUGUUAGCAGAUUAAAAUAUUCCAGGCAUUUAGUGUCUGUUUUAACGAGUAAAAUUUAGAUUUGACUUUUCCUUUUGAUUGCUAUUUUAAUAUUUUUGAAUAUUAAAACUGAGGUUGAGAUUUAUGUAUUUUGAGCGGUGACAAUUUCUUUUUGUUAGUGGUAUAUGUAAUGUUGAUUAAGACAUGCAAUAAAAUGUAUGCCUAAUUGUUUUUGCAAA